AUGGAGUUAAAUCGUGUGUUUGGUGAUUUAAGAGUGUAUUAUGAGCCGAAUUUGCAGUGGGUGGAUGUGGAGGAGUGGCUGUAUGGCGAGGAAGGCGAAGAGGGUGUGCUGCAGCAGCGGGCGGAGAAGUUCUGGGCCCUGCCCAUGUGCCUUCAGGAUAUUGGACACCAGGAGACGCAGUUGCAGUUGCUCCGGGAUUUGUCCAGUGUCAUACGCUCCAUGAGGGACGACAACCAAGGAUGCUAUAGCAACACACAUGACAACUGGGCCAAUAUCAUCGGGGUUUCUCCGGCAAACGCAUAUCUUUCAUACAUCUAUUCGCUUACGAGCCUGGUCAUUCCGCCGGAGCAUGUGCAGCAGGCUGCUCCGCAAGGCCUGAAUGAAAACCUCAAUCUUCAAUUGUCCCUGAAUGCUGCGAGCACCUACCUGCUAACUCUGACCAUUCCGGGAGCCAAGAGCUAUGGCAUCUUUGAUGAGGAUGUGAUCGAGCAGGUUCUCAAGAUCUUUAGGCUGCUGGAGCUGAAUAGCAACAAAAGCGUCCGGGCCAACACCAUCUGGAUGUUCUUUCUGACCAUCUGCGACGACCUGAAGAUUGUCUUUCGCUAUGUGCACUUCAAGGAGCACCUGAAACCGCGGGACCGGAUCAUUCGAUGCCUCAUGGAGGUUCUGUACAUGAACUUUAAAGUGGGAUAUCAGAAUUCAUGUGCUCCCGCCUUGCAUGCGAAAUGUUUCGAGCUUUUUGGCGAAAUAGCCAACGAGCAUAAUGGAGACGUCUACGAAACUCUUCACUUGAUUAUGCGACAGACCUUUCCCAUGCACGUUUACACGGAUAGUCCCCACAGUGUUGGAGCAGGACGUCGAGGAGGGGCAAUGCAGAGCGGGGAGCACAUAUCGGACUGGUUUAUACAGCUUAUAGACAAGUACCCCGACAUUCUAAUCCGUAUUCUGCAUUUCUACAUUGAGUGUGUGGUUUCCAAUCCCAUUAAAGCGUGGAAGAGCAAUGAUGAGAAGGUAGCCAUUGGCUAUGCGGCCAAGUACGACAGGAUACUGUUCUCCAAGUGCAAUAAAUCCUGCGCAGACUUUGUCCUGGAGGCAGUAAAGGCAGACGAUGCUGUGGGGAUUCAAACUCGAGCCUUGGACCUGAUCGAGAAGAUCCUCAUGCAGCAGAGCGAGGUGGAGUGGAGCAUCUUCCGGUACGAUGUGUCCAAGGUUCCAAGGGAGGUCCCUCUCCUGAGGGAGGUGAUGCGGUGUCUCAACGACCGCACUUUUACUGUACGUCGAAAGGCUUGUCAAGUGCUCAUCCUGGCCCUGAAACAAGGAUCCCCCAUGACCACAAAAAUUAUGGACGAGAGCAUUCGUUUCGUUCAGUUCGAGGAUGCGGAUGUGGAGGCACUAGCUGAGCCUUCGGUGGAGCAAAACGAGCUGCGCUUCGAGAAGCCAGGGAUUGUCCAGUACGCCUUCAGUUUUGAGGGUCACGAGGAACUUGAGGAGGAGGUCAAGAAAGUUCCUCAAACGGUGUAUCAGCGUUUUCUGGCUGCGGACAAUGGUUUAGCACGUACUGCUGGCCUAGCCUUACUCGAAAGAUUGGUGCUUGUCAAUCCCCUAAUCAUCUAUAAUACGAAUUUCGUGAGGGAAACCUCUUUGUUGGCCGUCGAUCGUCUGGCCUCCGUGAGGAGAUCAGCGCUGGAUACCAUGGAAACCCUGCUCGAGGCCUACUCCAAUUGUUUUGCCUUGAUUUGUGUGUACUGCCGUAUUUGGGCUUGCCUCAUGAGCGAUGAGGAUGCAGCGCUGCAAAAGCUGGCUAUUAUGAGUUUUGAUCGAAUGGUUUUGAGAAACAUUCAACCCCUGGAGUAUUCGAAUGAAGCCAAACAUUUUAUGCCCUGGCGAAUUAUUAGUACCUUGCUCAUGACCCAACCCAGAGCUUAUCUUCAGGAAAGAUUCGCUGUUUUACUGGAACGGGAGUCCAUUGUAACACCCCGGCUGGUGAACAUUAUAAUAUCGCAUUUAUCCACAUCCAUGGCCACCGAUGCCUGGGGCUUGCUGUUGCUCCUGUCCAGCCGAAUUACCAACAAUAUGGACGCACUGAUUGGCAUCUUCAAUGGUCUCUCCUCCUACAACAUGAAGUCCAAUCAAUUUCUGGCCCUUCAGCUUAUCAUUGGCUGUUUGAAGAACUUUUCCAAGCCAGCCCUGAAUCAGUUAUUUCAGAGGCUUCUGAAUGCCCUGCGCACGGGGAGCAUUUGGCUGGGCAUCAUCUCGAGUGCGGUUAAUUUGCUUAACCAAAUCCAUCACCUGUCUGCUAGCCGGGCUCCAGCGAUGGAUUCCGAUGCACCAGACUGGCAGCUUAGUUUGCUCGAAGACCUCACCGAUGGAAUCUUGGCCAGUGCACAGAAUUUCCAGGACGAACACAGCCGCCUGCAGUGUCUGUUGGGUGCCUAUACGGAGAUAAUUGUGAUGCUGCCGCAGGAGGUGGACAACAGGAUCGUGGGCAUUGUGUUUAAAUACUUGCAGGAAUGCACCAAGCUCAGUGAAUCGCAAUUCGAUUCGGAUAACGAGCGCAUGACCAACUGGAUGAUCGUGAUAGCAGGUCGCUUGUGCCUCAGGGAGAACCACUUGGCCAACAGUGUGUCCAAGCUUUACAGAACUAUUUUGAGCAAAAAUGACCGGCCGCAAAUCAUCAACACCACUCUGAUAGCCCUGAACGAUCUGGGCAAGAAACACCCUUCGAUUCUUGAGAGCAAUUUCCAGGUGAUUUUGUCGAAACUCCAUUCCAAAUUCGCCAUGACCAGAGUGCGCACCUUUCGGUGUGUGAAGGACGUGAUUCUCUCCGGGAAUAUCAAGCUGAAGGGACCAAUUCUCAUAUCUAUGCUGGCUGGUUUGGUGGACGAGAGUGCCGAAGUGGCCAGGGAGGCAGAUGCCUUCUUCAUUCGCUACAAGAGAUUGUACAACAAAAUGCUGUUUGAUCAUUGUCUGAAAGAAUGCCCAUUCGACCUGAAUGGCCAGGCUUCUUUGAGAGGAGUAAGGACGGAUUCCAACUACAAAUCGCCACUAAAGGGUUCGGCCAUGGCAAAAAAUCGUAGGCUGCUUUACAAUCAUAUCAUGGCCUCGGUGGAGGAGAACACACUGUUGCUCUACUUCGGACAACUAAAGUUGCUGGCUGAAAAAACCAGAGACAGUGCUUUUAUAGGCAAUCCUGACGCCUUGAUCGUGGUUCAGGACAUGCUUUUUAUCAUGCGACGCAUUUGUUUUCGCACAAAGGGGAAGGGAAAAGAGAUGAGCUCCCGAGGCGAAGGCGACAACAACGAUGACGGUGAGGAGGAGACACUGGAGGCACCAGCUCCACCACCCAAACCAGCAGCAGGAGAAGCACCAGCCCGAGGAAGAGGACGAAAGGCAGAUAACUCCGAGGAGCCACUUAAGCAAUUGGAGCGCUGUCUUCGCUAUGUGGAAGAAACACAUCGCAACCUUAAGUCUGUGAUGAGUCCCGAACUCAAGCACACUUUUGAAAACUUUUGCCACGCCCUGGCAAUGAGAUUUCCCAACUACAUUGAGUUUGCUCAACCUGCUGAGUUCUGGCAGAAGUAUCGAUCCUCGAAAACCCCCAAGGGAGGCAGAAAGAAGCGACGACGCAUGGAUGAUGAUGCAGAAGAUGAAUCCGAGGACGAUCAGCAGUCGGAGAGCGACAGCGACAAUGAAAUGCCGCUGGAGAGGCACAAAUCCACGCCAGUCGCGUCCCGCUUGUCCCAAAGGAAAACCAGCUGCGAUAUGCUGGUUACGGAACUUAUUUUCCAGCCACCGGAUUGGUAGCUCUCGCAACUAUUUUGGUCAUUGCCAAAAGGAAAAGUUGAUUUUUGCCAAUGGAAAACCUGUUUAUUUUGUAUUCAACUUGAACUUUUUAACAUUAGCAGUAAAACAUUGUAGAUAUGGUACUUAAAAUCGAAUAUUAUGGAUUAUGCAUUAUAAAGCAAGUAAUGAACAAAUAUAAACCUUUGUAACAUAGGAAGAUUGAACAAAAUCAAUUGUAAAUUGUACUGUAUAGAAAUAUACAAAAAUUGUGAAAAUGAGAAUUCAUUUUAAGUGAAAAUUAAAUACAAUUAUACUUA